UUGAAAGAGGCGGUCUAAGAACUCAUUGCAAUUUUAUCUCCAUCUCCAUCCCCAUCUCCAUCUCCAUCUCCAUCUCUCGAAAGAUCUCUCAUUCUCUCCUUCUCCAUCUCUAUUCUGCCGAAGAUCGCUAACACAUGACUUGGAAUUGAUUUCGGUUCAGGCAAAAUUAGUUUAUCACUUGAGAACGCAAACAACAAGUAUUAUUAUACAUCUUAAAGAACCAAAACUGAAAAUGGUCGCUGUCAAGGGAAAUUCAAGCACAUUGUUGAAUCAAGACAAGGAUCGUGGCACUGGCACCCAUAAGAGUGGAAUUGGAGUAAAAAAUUUCAAGGUGUAUUCAGAAAAUGAUAAGGUUAAAGUUCGUGGUGGUGAUUCCAGUAAUACACAAUGCAAUGGAACAUCAAGGGAAUCCCUUAUGCUGCCAGGAAGGAAAUCUAUUCCACUCAAUAAAGGGGUUACUCAGACCAAUGCUAGUGUUUCUAAGGGAGGUCCCAAAACUCUGGAGAAGAGUAAUGCUAAACGUGAUGGUUCCAUCAAAAUAAAUGUUGGAAGAAAAGUGUUGGCUGAUGUAAGCAAUCUUCGGGGCAACUUUUUGAGGACUGAAGUGCAUGAUGGUUCCAAACCACUUGUAUCAACAGAUUCAGGCACGAGGAAUGCAAGUUCUUCAUCAAGUAACCGUAUCAUGGGAAAAGUGAGGGAAAACACAAGGCAAGCUGUUGCCAGUUACCUUACUUUGAAGAGAGAGACUAAAGAUUUGAAGGUCUAUGUUGAUGACUCGAGGAGCAUGUGUCAGGGCAAAGGAAAUACUGAUGGCCGGAUAACUGCAAAGAACCCUCUGCCACCUAUAAGGAAGUCUUUACCGGCGUCAAAAUGGGUUAACCAGGUUGAUACAAGCAAUAAAAAGGAAAGUGCUGAAAAUUCGCAAAUAGUUAAGCCGAAAGUUGGUAGGAAAGUGAUGCCCCAAGUAAGCAAUGCCAGAAGUAAUCUUUGGAGGAAUCGAGCUAGUGAUGGUUUCAUUAUAAUGGCUUCGAAAAGUCAGCCUAAGGUGGACACCCAAGCUUUUUCAAGAAAAUCUGUCAAGCCAAUUGUGAAAACCACGCACAGAGUGUCCGGUAUUAAGAUGACUCUAAAAUCCAAGUGCACAGCUGGUGUAAAAAAAUCAACUGCGGUUGCUGCUAUCUCAUGCAAAGGCAAGGAUGAAGUGGUGACAUUUUUGUCUGAAAACAGUGCUUUUGCUCCACAUGGACAACCUGCUCAGAGGGAGGUUCCAUCUGAUUGCAAAAGCAAUGUAGGGACAAAUGUGUCAGAUAGCAUUGCCACAAAGAAAUCUGAUCGCAGGAAAUCUUUUACAUCUUUACUGAUGGCAAGAUCAAAGUUACUAGAAGGACAUGCUGUGGUUAUGAAGCGAGAAAGCUUACCAAGUAUUUAUGAUGAUUGCAAUCACCUUGAAGUUGCUGAAUAUGUUGAUGAGAUUUAUCAAUAUUAUUGGACUAUGGAGGCACAGAAUCAAUCCCUGGUAAAUUACAUGGCAAUUCAGACAGAGAUUACACCUGAAAUGCGAGGCAUAUUGAUCAACUGGCUAAUUGAAGUUCACUUAAAAUUUGAUUUGAUGCAAGAAACACUAUACCUAACAGUCACACUGUUGGACCAAUAUCUAUCAUUGGUUACAAUCAAGAAAAAUGAAAUGCAGUUGGUUGGUCUUACUGCACUCUUGCUGGCAUCAAAAUAUGAGGACUUCUGGCAUCCAAGGGUUUUAGACUUGAUUAGCAUCUCAGUAGAGUCAUAUACAAGAGACCAAAUGCUUGGAAUGGAGAAAGCAAUGUUAAAGAAGUUGAAAUUCCGCCUAAAUGCUCCUACUCCUUACAUGUUCAUGCUGAGGUUUCUUAAGGCUUCUCAGUCUGACGCAAAGCUUGAGCAUCUAGCAUUCUACCUCAUUGAGCAAUGUUUGGUUGAAUAUGAAGCAUUAAAAUUCAAAUCCUCGUUGCUAUGUGCAUCGGCUAUCUAUGUUGCUCGGUGUACACUUCAAAAGACUCCAGGAUGGACGCCACUGCUAGCCAAUCAUGCACGCUAUGAAGAAUCCCAAAUCAGGGACUGUGCAGAGAUGGUCUUGAAAUUACACAAAGCUGCUAAAACAGCAAGGUUGAACGUCACCUUUGAGAAAUAUACAAGGCUUGAUUACAGUGGAGUUGCUACUAUUAAACCUUUGAAUAGGCUUCCUCCUUUGAAUUGAAUGUUGCAGAAGUUGUGUGUAAACGCCCAGUCAUAGAAGUUAAAAAAUCUGGAACACGAAGUUAUGGUACCUGCAUUUUGAUCUGACUAUUGCAGUCUUAACUUCCGGUGCGUUUGUUUUACAUCUAGGAUACGAAAGAUCCUCAUGUCCAUGUGGAAAAUUUGUUCUAUGUAUAGCAUAGAAUGGAUGCUUUCUUACCAGUUGCUGCUGAUGAGAACCCCACUGUCUUUUGGAUCAUUUGGAAAGUAAUGAAUCUGUAAGUAUGAAUCUGUCAGUUAGAUAUGAGAUGUAUGUAUAUGGUAUUUCGUCAACAUGACAUCAAACCACAGCUACCAACCACUAACUAGGCUUGAUGCCUGAAUUCUAUGUCUUGAGGAUUAUCUAUUUCUUUGUUGUUGCUUGAUAGUAAUCACACAUUGGGAUGUCUUUCUGGUUUUGUUGUUUGUAUAUUUUAAGUUUGUGGAUCAGCAAAAUUUUAAAAGAGAUCCUUGAUCCUGCCUCAUGUCUGCAUAA